AUGUCCGUUCCUUCGGUUCCUGUAUCCGUAGGUCUAGAUCCAAAGACUCAAGAGGAUGAAUAUGUACACACGGUAUAUAACGAGAUUGCAGCCCAUUUCUCGCAGACUCGGUACAAGCCAUGGCCCAUUGUUGAGAAGUUUCUUAAGGGCCAGCUACGGUUCUCUGUAGGUAUUGAUGUUGGCUGUGGGAAUGGAAAGUAUUUAUCUGUUAAUCCUGACUUGUUUGUAAUUGGGACAGACUACUCCACUGGUCUCAUAGAAUGUGGACACAAGUUGAACCCAGACUACAAUGUUGGAGUUGCUGAUGGACUUCAUUUACCGCAUCCCAAGGACACCUUUGACUUUGCAUUGAGCAUUGCAGUAAUCCACCACUUUGCAACUGAAGAACGCAGAGUUGAGGCCAUUGCUCAUAUCAUGAGUCGACUUCGUGUGGGGGGUCGUUUCUUGGUGUACUGUUGGGCAUUGGAGCAAGAGAACUCGCGUAGAGGUUACAAAGAGGGCGAUGAACAAGAUAUACUUAUCCCAUGGGUAUUGAAGAAGAACCAGCCCAAAAAGAAGAAGACAAAGAGAACCAAGCAUAAAGAAGAACAACACCAAGAAGAAAAAGAAGACUUUAAAACUGAAGAACAAAACGAGACUACAUCUGAACCUGUUGCAGACGAAACCAAAUACAGAUACUACCAUCUUUAUAAGAAGGGAGAACUUGCUGCAAAUUGUGUAGCUGCUGGAGGAAGAAUCAUUGAAGAAGGCUACGAGAAAGACAAUUGGUGGUGUAUUGCCGAAAGAGUGUAA